AUGGGUGGAAGUCUAUCAGCUUCUGCAAUUGAAGAUUUUGCCAACCCUCAUGGAUUAGAUGCUAUCGACCUCAAUGAUGAUAUUGAAGAUCGGAGGCAAGAUAGUAUUCAACACUGGCAUUGGAAAGAGGAUGAGAUGUUGAUCAGUGGAUUGUUAAAUAUUUCAAUUGACCCUGGGGUAGUUGCAUGUAAGAAACGAUGGUAUAAGAUCAACAAGGCUGUUGCACAAUUUGCUGGUUGCUAUGAUCAAGCUAGUCGAAACAUAAGGAGUGGUUCGAACGCUGAUGAUAUAAAGGAGUUGGCUUAUAAACUUUAUUCCACAAAUUAUGGUCAAAAAUUCACUUUUGAGAGGCAUUGGAACAUGCUUCGGUUGGAGCAAAAAUGGAGAAGCCAACUACCUACACAGAGUGGCGUCUCAAAGAGAACCAAGGUUAGUGCAACUGGAGCAUACUCAUCCUCAUCAAACCCAGAAACACCGUUGGCUGACGAACCCGGUGUGGACUCUCCCGUUCACCCACAAGGAUCAAAGAAGAGCAAGCGAAAAGGUAAGGGAAAAGCACAGAUGUCUGAAGAUUUUAGCGAAAGAAAAUCAUCGGUUGUCAAAAAAUUAUCUCUCAUGGAAGAUAUUAAGAAUGUUAGAGAAAAAGAACUAAUGGAUAGGGAAAAAGAAAGAGAAGAGGAGAAGGAACAUAGAGCAAAGAUUAUGGCAAUCAAAGAGAAGGAGUUACAAAUUCAAGCGUUUGUUUUAUUUAUUUCUGAUGUAAGUUUUUAA